GUUUUACGCUGAAGUAGGAAUAAGCCUACCGUGAGUUCCUCGAACUACUAAACUUAUUAUGCGUCUGCAAUGAUGCUCCACUUCGAGGCAACUGGAGCGGGUCACCCGCCUGAUGCUCCCUCUACAUUUAACCUUCCUUUGACAACACACUUGCCUAAAGCCAACUUGCUUAAGGCGUUGUCGGUGGUGCCGGCUCCUGGCACAGUCGAAGGUGUGCAGGUCAUCCUUCUCGCGCGCAAUGCGACGGCCUGGUGCCAGCGCGCUAGCGGCGAAUGCGUCAGUCUAUCAAGGGGAGUUGGAGUCUUUGUUGGUGUUGGCGACGAGGUCGUCUUUGGAGACGCUGGAGCUCCCGCACCGCCCGAUGAGCCGGAUGUCGCAUACCUACUGUGCGCUUCUGAAGGAGACGCGCAACUGGGAAUGCAAUCUCUUGCGGCCGCGGGGUUCCAAGCAUCGGAAACAUUUUUAGCGCUCGAUGGACCGCGAGCCAGCUGCCAAGAUGUGGUUCCACCGCCGCCUGCUGGCCACUUAGCUACCGCUGGUCGCCCGCCCGCACUGGCUUCCUCUCAAGACGGCGGCAACCCAGCUCCCUCCCUGCUGCUGACUCACAUCAAAGGGGAGCCGCCGGCCUCCGCAGAAGCCCCUCUCGGCCCCCUGGAGCCCGCCUCCAUGCCUCCCUCAACCUCCUCCCUUCAACAACAACAACAGGAGGGGCAACUCCCCUCAGCAUCCGCAUCCAUUACCCUCCCUCAGCAGCAGGCACAGCCACAGCAUCAGCAUCAGGCCCCAAGUCCCAUUAUUACCCCCGGAGCCCCCGCCGGUGCCCUUCAGACGCCUGUAAUCGCAACUACUGAGGCAGCCGGCCCCUCUCGGCCCGUGGCCUUCGCAGCCCCUCCUCCUCCUGCUGUUGCUGCUCCUGCCGUUGCGGCGGCAGCUCCUGAUACCGAAAUGAUGGCGGUGGAAGGUUUUGAUCACCCACGUGCAGAGGAGAGCCCCAUGGACGCUUCCAUGGUUGAAGCCGUUCAAGCUGAUACCGUACAACAGCCUGAGACAGAUCCAGGAUCCGGAAUCGAAGCGGGUGUCGUACAACCUGCGGAAGAAGCAGCGACCCUGUCUGCAAAGCCCUCGUCCGAUCAUCCCCCUGCGGCCCCAGGAUCGGGCGCCCCCUCAGAAUCCGCUGUCGUACAGCAUGACGACUCGGAUGUCGUACAAGAGCCGCAGCAAGAGCAGCAGGAGGGCCCUGUGCCUCCCAGCCACAAGUCCAAGACCUCCGAUGGUCAGCCGGAUGCCCAGGCGGAGUGCGAGGCGAUCAUUGGCAGCG